CUAUCCAAAUACCGUUUGGGGAUUAAAAAGAAGUUUAUACAAAAAUAAAUUACGAUACAGAAUGUAUUAUGUACAAUUAAGGCAAACUUUUACAUAUAUCAGUCCUCUACUGUCAUUGACGUUAGAAAUUCUUCCAACAGCCUUCGUAGGACUCGCUUAAUUUUAAAUGUUAUUGAGCGUCCGCCAUUUUGAAAAUUCGAAGAACAACCUGCACGUCUUUCAGCUGUUGCCAGGAAUAAACCAUAUAAAUCAAGAUUUAUUUAUAACGUAAAACAAGUUUCCAGUCUAAUGUGACAUGCUGCAGUACCCUACUUAGCUUAACACACCCUUACCAUUUUGCAGUAUGUCUUCACCAGAGCUAGAUCACCAUCGUGAGAGACGUAGCUCGUCUCUAAAUCGAAAUUCAAAUCGUUCAUAUAAAAUGCAAAUGCAAUACGACGAUAACUAUGGUGGAAGAACUUAUAGCACUCGUAAUCGCUCAGAUAAAUUUCAGGUAAUAGCAUCAGGUUUACCUUCUAAUGUGCCAGACUAUGAAUUAAAGGAUGCUCUAACUCAUGAAAUGGAAAAGUUUGGAGAUGUUUUAUCGAUAGACUUACGACGCCGAGAUCAACUAAGACUUGCAUACAUAGCUUUCAGAGAUGAUGAUUCUGCAAGGCAGUUACGAAGAUACUGCUUAGAAAGGCAUUGUAAAGUCAUAGCAUUCCAAAGAACGUUGCAUUUUGAUUUUGAAAUGCUGGGAGAAAUGCGCGAUAGAGGACGUGAGACAUACCAACAAAGAGGAACAUUCAACCAUAGAAAUAAUUAUCAGAAACCAGAUUACAGAAAUGACCGUUAUCAAGGGGGGAAUGAUUACGACAACAGAGACAGAUUUAAUCAAAGUCGACAUCGCUACAACAAUGAAAGUCAUAUAAAUCCGAGAGCUACCCGUACAUUGUUUGUCGGUAAUUUAGAUCAUAGUAUUACUAAAGAAGAACUAAUGCGUAUUUUCGAUCAUUGGGGUGCAAUUGAUGAUAUUGAUGUGAAAAGACCUCCAAAUGGUAUUCCUGCCUUUGCCUUUAUUAAAUAUUUAGAACUGGAAGCUGCUGCAUCUGCAAAAAAUCAAAUGUUUGGUAAAGAAGUUAAUGGUAGACCAAUAAAAGUUGGAUACGGCAAAACUUUACCCUCAACAAGAUUAUGGAUUGGUGGUUUAGGGCAGUGGUGUACAACUGAAAUGCUUAAUAGAGAAUUUGAUCGUUUUGGAGCAUUAAGAAAAAUUGAUUAUUCAAAAGGAAGUAGACAUGCAUUCAUUGAAUUUGAAAGUUUGGAUGCAGCAUCAGCUGCUCAUGCAGAAAUGCGGGGUUUCCCGCUUGGUGGACCAGACCGGAAGAUUAAAAUAGAUUAUGCUGAAAUUGAUCGUAAUCGUAAUUCAGAUGAUCGCGAAAGGAAUUUUGAAGGCCGUGACAAUGAAAGUCGGUACAGUGAUUAUUCCAGGGGAAAUAAAAGGGUUGAAAACAGAUUUGAAAAUCAAAGUGAAUACCCUGGAGGUAGAGGUAGAGGUAGUUAUGAUAAUCAACCUUAUGGACGAAGAAAUGAUUAUGCUAGAGAUGUUGAAAGAGGUGACAGACGAAGAACUCGAAGUAGAAGUCCUGUGAAUAGUGACCGAGGAGAUUAUAAGGUUCGGAAUUCUUCAGAAACUAGAGCUAUAAGCCCACCGUCAAGGACCGCCAGUGAUAAUUCUCAAGGAGGUAGGACUAGAAAUGAUUCUUCUGCAUCAAAGGAAAAUGAAAAAACUGGUAAUGACAACCAAUCAAGUCAAAAGGAGAUUGAGACUAAACCUUCAGAAAACCUUGCUGAUGUUUCUAAACGUUUUGUUGUUGCUUGGAGAGGAGCUUUUGCAUUAAAAAAUAGUGCCUUUCCAGUGAGAAUGCAUUUAAUCGGAGGUAAUCCUGAGUUGGCUGAUUUUUUCCUCCGUGGCAUAGGAGUUGGGGCAGGACCAGCAUUGAAAAUACUUAGCAUAACUCAACGCCUUAGAUUAGAUCCACCUAAAUUAGAUGAAGUUUCAAAACGCAUUCAACAAGUAGGAGCUGGUGGCCACUGUAUACUUUUAGCACUUCCAACUGGUGAUGAUAUAGAAUUAGAUAGUUCGUUUCAAAGGAGACCCUUAAAAAGUUUGGUAACUUAUUUCAAAAAGAAAGAAGCAGCAGGAGUUAUUAUUCUGAACACAGAAGGACCAUCAGGAAAACAAGAGGAGAGUGGCAUGUUGCAUGCCUUUCCACCAUGUCAGUUUUCUCAACAGCAGUUACUAAAAGUUGCACCCAAUUUAGGUUCAGAUCCUUCAAAGGAAGACCAUUUGGUAGUGAUUGUUGUGAAAGGGACAUCUUCAGCAUAAUUCAAAAAAUGUUCUUAUAUGCAUUUGAUAUGUAUAUAUAUAUUCAUUUUUAAUUAUGAAAUUAUAAGUAUCAAUGGUUACUGUUUUUUAUGUAAAGAGACAAGAAAAAUAUAAAGCUUUUUAACCUCCAUUUAGUAGAUAUUUGUGGCAAAUCUUUAAUGCAUGCUCGAAACAUUUUAAAUCCUAACCACCAACCAAAAGAUUUACUUGUUGUUUACAUACAUCGUUAUGAGCUGCUUGGUAAUAAAAUGAAGUUCUUAACCAAGCUGUAUUCAUUUUAAAGUGAACUGUGUUUAUGAUAUUUUCAGUCUUCAUAAAGAGAAAUUUGUUAUGUCCUACCUCUCCAGUUAUUAUGACCUGUUACUACACCAUGUUCUGCUAAUCGUUAAAAUUUAUCAUCAACAUGUUUAACAUAUCAGAUAAGUUGUGUCAGAGAUGUUCAUACCAUGCAGAAUUCAUAUAUUGUGCAUGUUGCAUUGUUUUCAUUUCUGGAAAGAACGCAGAAUACAAUCAUCAAUACGAAAAGUCACACAGAAAACUUUAUGCUGUUAAGUUUGUAUAGACUCAUCAGUAUUUGGUAUUAAUUCUGGUUUUGCUACAACUAGUAUUUUUUUGUUUUUGUGGUAUUUUCAUUUUUGUGUAACACAGCAGUUUUUUUUCAAUUUUCUUUGAUGACUCAAUCACAAAAGUAUCUACAUAUUUCUGAUUUUCAGGGUUAUUUUCAUUAAAAAAAAUUUUUUUAAUGUGUUUUUCCAUGAUUUCUUGUUUUGAACUAUAUCAGCUUAUUGCAAAAAUCCUUAACCUUGGAAUAUUUUUAGUAUGUCUUUGGAGAUUUUAAUCUUCACUUUUGCUAAGUGACACAAUAUUCUUGUAAUUAGGUCAUUUUUCUUAUGCAGUGUUUUUUUCCCUAAGGUACAUGCUAAAGCAAACAUAGCAAAUCUUAUUUAUUUGUAUGCUUACAUUGCAUGAAGAUAUUAUUUAGUAUGUUGCCACACGUCAUGCCACUAAUUAAUAUUUUAAAAUUCAGGUUAUGAGUGCUUAUUGAAUGCAGCAGGGGUGCUUAUUUUAGAAUUUUAGAAUUAAGUCUGCCAAGUAAACAAGAUCACAAAUUUAUCUCUUUCUCCAAUAUUUGAUGCUUCUCAGAAACAGCCUGUAUUUUCUAGGUGCUUUUCUAUGUGAUAAUUAUAAAGUGGGAUGUUUUCCGGUAUUCAAAACAGUAUUCAAAAUAUAUUUUUAGAAUAAGUUUGGCGCUUUUUAGAAGGCAAGAGCUUAAAAGAAAUGUGGUAUUCAUCCUUUUUAAAAAGGCUUAUGGUACAUAAUAAAAUGUCUCAUUGCAAAUUAUGUGUGGUUUAUAUUAUAUACAUUCUAACUUUAUAUCUUGAGUAACUAUGUCACCCUUUUUUGUUUUUCUUUGCACUGGAGGAUAGGAUAAGAUACCAGGUGAAAUAAGUGGGUUUUUUUUUUCAUUCUAUAACUUUUUUGUAUCAAGUAAUUGUAAAGAAAAGAAACUGGAGAAUAUAGUACAUGUAUUUCUCACAAACCAAAAAUUCUAGCCUGGAUCCCAUUCUUUCCUACUUUCUUCACCUUUGAAAGUGUUAUCAAUAUUUUUAUUAUUUUUGUGUUGUAGCAAUGUUCAAUUUAUUUUUGCUUGGAGGUUAUGAUUUGCGAAUAUUUUGGUGUAUCAAAAAAAUCUACUAAAUGGAUGGUAAAUUUGCUUUCUCUUUUUUAUGUGUAAUAUUGAAACGUAACCGCCAUUGAAAUUGUAACCAUUUAAAUGCAAAAAGAAGAAAAUUAUUUUUAAUUUUUAAA